UUUCUCCUUCCUCUCGAAGAAAGAAACCAAACCAAAACGAGACGAACGAGAGACCGAGCCGCGCUUGCUUUCCUCCGCCUCCCUCCGAUCUGCUGCUGCGCCGCGACGCGUCCGGCGAGCAGGCGGCGCGCCCCCUCCCUCGGCUCGAUCCCCUGCGCGACCUUCUCGCCACACGCGCCCCGCACCGCCCCUGCUGCCGCGUCCAUCGUCUUGAUCCAUUCCGUUUCUGAGUUGAAUUGAAGCCAUGUACAAUAAUUAUGGAAAUCCCCCUGGAAUGCAGAUGCCUCCUAUAGGGCAGAUGCCUUCUGCCGGGCAGAUGCCCUCAGCAAAUCCUCAGCCUGGCCAAUUUGGCAAUCCAUUUUAUGGUGCAAGCUCAGGUCUAAUUAAAACUGGGUUAGGAGCAUAUGGGGAGAAGUUCCUGGGUUCCAGUUCAGAAUUCAUGCAAAGCAAUAUUAAUAGGUACUUCUCCAACCCACAGUACUACUUCCAUGUGAAUGAUCAGUAUGUCAGGAACAAGUUGAAAGUCAUACUGUUUCCGUUUCUUCACAGGGGGCACUGGACUAGGAUAAGCGAGCCUGUUGGUGGCCGAUUGUCAUACAAACCUCCAAUCUAUGACAUUAAUGCACCAGAUCUUUACAUCCCUUUCAUGGCAUUUGGUAGCUUCAUUAUUCUUGCGGGCUUCACAUUAGGUUUCAUGGGGAAGUUUACUCCAGAAGCUAUAAAUCUUCACUUUAGCAGAGGACUCAUUGGAUGGGCCUUACAGAUUGUGAUCCUGAAAGGGCUGCUCUACUCGAUGGGCGGUGGUGAGGUUCCACUGCUUGACCUGGUAGCUUAUGGUGGAUAUUUAUUUGCUGGGCUUUCACUUGCCAUUGUCUCAAGGCUUCUGUGGGCUUACUCGUAUUACGUUCUGAUGCCAUGGAUGAGCCUUUGUAUGGGGGUGUUCCUGGUGAGGACGAUGAAGAGGGUGCUCUUCACGGAGAUGAGGAGCAGCGAGAGGCACUCAACGCGGCAGCACUAUUUCUUGCUCUUCCUGGCAAUCGCGCAGUUCCCCCUGUUCUUCUGGCUUGGCAAUAUAGGUGCAUGAGAAAUUUUUCUGGUUGCAUUUUGUCGGUAUAAUAGUUAACUGUGGUGUUUAGGCGCGUUGUAAAAUAGUUCCAAUGAAUGAUUUCAACAGCUUGUGCCGUUUGUCCAUUAGAGCAUGUUUAUCGACAGGGCUUGGUAGAUAAUGUGCCUGUGUAAAGUUCAUUAGUUUUAUUAUUGAGCUUAUAAGUGGAUUUAUGUUGGAUCUCCGCAAAUAAUUUUGUUUUAGAAUGUUCCUGUGGAGACAA